AUGUGCGUGACGGGAUCAUUCCAGGCCCCCAGGACCAUUACCCAGGAGACACCAGACAUCCAGCCCCCACUUAGCUGCUCAAGCAGCAGCUGCUACCCGCCCACUGGUAACCUGGUCAUUGGCCGCCGCCUCCAGGCCUCCUCUACUUGUGGCCUCCGUGGUCCUGAGCCCUACUGUGUGGUCAGCCACCUGCAGGACUCUGAGAAUUGCUUCUUCUGUGACUCCUGGGCCCAGCAGGGCCACGGCAUUGAGAAUGUGGUCUCCAGGACCGGCCAGGACGGCUCAAAGAACUGGUGGCAGGCGGAGAGUGGUGUUGAGAAUGUCUCCAUCCAGCUGGACCUCGAGGGAGCGUUCUCCUUCACCCACCUCAUCUUGACCUUCAAGACAUUCCGCCCAGCGGCUCUGCUCCUAGAGUGCUCCACGGACCACGGCCGCUCCUGGCGCGUGUAUCGGUACUUUGCCCACAACUGCUCAGACCUCUUCCCUGGGAUCCCUCCUGCCCCUGGCCACAGGGUCAGUGACCUCGUCUGUGACCAGCGCUACUCAGACAUCGAGCCUUCCACUGAAGGCAAGGUCAUUUUCAAAGUUCUGGACCCAGCCAUUCCAGUGGAGGACCCAAAUAGUCCUGAGGUUCAGGAACUGCUACGUGUGACCAAUCUCCGGGUAAACUUCUCCAAACUUCACACACUGGGGGAUAGGCCCUUGGGCGGCCUCAAGGGACACCCUUUCUAUUACUAUGCCAUCUACGAGCUUGUGGCCCAGGGCAGCUGCUUGUGCCACGGCCAUGCCUCUGAGUGCAGGCCUGCACCAGGGGCCCCAGCCAGCGUGGAAGGCAUGGUACAUGGCCUCUGCCUGUGCCGCCACCACACGGCCGGUGCCAACUGUGAGCGCUGUCAGGACCUGCACCAGGACCAGCCGUGGCGUGCUGCCGAGCCCGGGCAGCCCCAUGCUUGCCAGGAAUGCAAGUGCCAUGGCCACGCCCACAGCUGCCACUUUGACAUGGCUGUGUACCUGGCUUCCGGCAACGUGAGCGGAGGCGUGUGCAACGCGUGCCGGCACAACACGGCCGGGCGCCACUGUCAGCUCUGCCUGCCCUUCUUCCACCGCGAUUCCCAGGAGGACCCCCGCUCUCCUCGCUCCUGCAGACCUUGCGACUGUGACCCCGUGGGCACUCUGGAAGGAGGCUUGUGUGAUACCCACACAGACGAGACCCGAGGCCUUCUCUCCGGGCAGUGUCGCUGCAAAGGCGGUGUCUGGGGCCGGCGCUGUGACUCCUGUAGGCCUGGUCACUAUGGCCUGAGCCCCACUCAGCCAGAGGGCUGCCAGCCCUGCAGGUGUGACCCCCGGGGCCGUGUUCCCGGAGCCCAAGCCUGUGAUCGCUCCAGCGGUGCCUGCCACUGCAAACGCUUUGUCUCCGGACGGGACUGCAGUCGCUGUCUGCCCGAGUUCUGGGGACUGAGCAGUGACCCUCCAGGCUGCCGGCCCUGUGACUGUGACUUUGGGGGUGCCUACAGCAACAGGUGUUCUGCAAGGGAGGGCCUCUGCCAGUGCCGCCCGCACCUCCGAGGCCGCCGCUGCCGUGAACUCCAGUCCGGACACUUCUGUGCUGCCCUGGACCAGGCCCUGACAGAGGCCGAAUUUGGCGAGCACCUUCAGCCCACUGACCCUCGGCUGCCUGGAGCCCCCUGGCCCACUCCUCCCCACUGCCCACAAGCCCCAGGCCCCUCUGCUGGCCGGCUCCAGCUCCGGCUUCGAAGACAGCGUUACCCUCAGUGUGCCCUCCACCCUGCCUGGCAAGCCCGUCGCAGCCGACAGCGGCCCAAGGUGGCCAACCCUGCAUGGCGGAACAGCUUGAAAUUUGCACGUGUGGUUGAUGGAGCUGGCCUCUCCCUACUGGCACCUGCAGUGCCCCGAGCCCUGGAGUAUGACAUUAUCCUACGCUAUGAGACCCAAGCACCUGGAGACUGGCAGGCACUGGUCAGUGUCCGUGUCGAGUCCUUGCCCAGUAGCACCCGCUGCGGCCGUGCACUACCCUCAGAGCAACUGACCCAGGCCGCCCUGCCCCAUGCACACAGGGCUGUGGCUCUCUCCCGGCCUUUCUGCUUUGAACCUGGAACGCGCUAUUCCUUGACACUGCGGCUAUGGCGGACCAAGAGUGUAUGGGGACCAGAAGGGGGUGCCAUCCUUCUGGAUUCUCUUGUUCUCCUGCCUCGGGUGGAGGAGUUGCCAGGGCUGCGGUCAGUGGACCCAGGGGCCGCCCAGCGCCUGCAGGAGCUUCACCAGGGAGGCUGCUUGGAGGCAGCAAGGGCGGGUCCCUCCAGCACCAUGCCAGGGGCCUGUGCCCACCUGGUCUGCAGCAUCUCGGCCCUGCUCCACGGGGGUGGCCUCGCGUGUGAGUGCCACCCUCAGGGCUCAUUGAGCACCGAGUGCGCCCUGGUGGGUGGGCAGUGCCCCUGCCGUCCCCAUGUCAUUGGUCGUACCUGUAACCGCUGUGAACCUGGGACGUAUGGCUUCGGACCUACUGGCUGUCGUGACUGCCACUGCCACGCCGAAGGUGCCACCAGUGCCACCUGCAACCCUCUGAGUGGGCAGUGCACAUGCCGGGCAGGCCUUGCUGGUCGCCGCUGUGACCACUGCCACCCUGGCUGGUGGGGGUUCCCGCGGUGCCAGCCCUGUGCCUGCAAUGGGCAUGCUGAGCUGUGCCACCCACUGACGGGUGUCUGCCAGGCCUGCCAGGGAGCUACCACGGGCCGGCACUGUGAGCGGUGCCUGGACGGCUACUAUGGAGACCCUAUCCUGGGCUCAGGCCAGCAGUGCCGGCCCUGCCCCUGCCCUGGGUAUCCUGCCUCUGGCCUCUAUUACGGUAGCUCUUGCCACAUGGACAGCGUGAGCGGGCGUGUCCUGUGCCUCUGUGCGCCUGGCUAUGCAGGUCCCCGCUGCGACCGAUGCUCCCCUGGCUACUUUGGGCGCCCUUGGCCAGAAGGGGACCCCAGAAGGAGUCCGUGCCGGCCCUGCCAGUGUAACAACAACAUUGACCCCCGUGACCCUGCUGCCUGUGACCCCCACAGUGGGCACUGCCAGCGCUGUCUGCACCACAGCCAUGGCCCUGGCUGUGCCCACUGCAGGCCUGGCUUCUAUGGCAGUGCCCUGCGCCCGAGGGGCUGCCAGCGCUGCAGCUGCGACUCCCGGGGCACUGUCCCCACACAGUGCCCAGCUGGGGCUGAAGCUUGCUUCUGCAACCAGGCCAGUGGGCAGUGCCUCUGCCGCCCCCACACCUUGGGGCGGGACUGCAACCGCUGCGCCCCCCUUUUCUGGAACCUGGGUGGCUCCCAGGGCUGUGAGCCCUGUGGCUGCCAUCCCCAGCAUGCUCUGCAGCCGCUGUGUCACCCAGUCACAGGCCAGUGCCCCUGCCGGGCAGGAUUUGGGGGCCGUACAUGCUCUCAGUGUGAGGAAGGAUAUUGGGGUGACCCGGAGAAGGAGUGCAGAGCCUGUGCCUGUGACCCUCGGGGCUCUGUCUCACCCAGAUGUGACCCGCACAUGGGCGCCUGCCUCUGUAGAGAUGGCAUCUCAGGGCUGAGGUGCCAGGUGUGUGCCCGUGGCUCCAGGGGAGGCUUCCCACGUUGCACACCCUGCCCUGCCUGCUUCACCCCCUGGGACCGGUGCCUGGCUCGGCUCCGGCAGCAAGUGGAAGCCAUGGCCCAGGAGGUGGCGGCCCUGCGCCAGGGGCUGCCUGCCGGGAGACUCGGGGCCCGUGGGGUACCCCUGCAAGCCCUGGAGAUGGCACUACAGCAGACACAGGCACUUGUGGAGACCCCCUCAUCCUCUGUGGGGACCAUGCAGAAACUCACCAAGUGGACAGCUGGACUCAGGAGGGAUGUGACUACAUUGACCCACACACUGAAUGCCACGGAACAGGCCGUGGCUGACAGCAGACUACGGGUCAGGGGACAGCGUGAACGCCUGGAAGCAUUAUCCUGGAAGCUAGAUUGUGUCAAAAGCUUGUCAAGGGCCAUAGGGGCCCUAGAAACCCAAGAUGCUGGUGCUCAGGCCUCUUCCGCGGCCCUGCUUUCUCAGAAGGCCAUGCUCAGAGCCCAGGCUGUGGCCGCAUUUGGAGAGCCAGACAAUAUCCUGGGGCAGGCCCAGCAGACCCGGCGGUGGACGGAGCAGCUGCUUGGGGGGACAGGCCAGCCCACAAGGGGAACUCUGUGGGGGCUGAAGCUGAAGGGGCUGGUCAGCCAAGUCCAGAUGCUGCAGCUGCAGCUGCUGGGGCUCUCUGUCAGAGCUGGAGUGGAAUGCAGGGGUCGAGGACCUGGGCUAGCCUGUGUUCCUGCAGCCUGUGGGUUUCCUCCCUGCCCUGGGACCCUGCCCACUGCCCAGUGGGCUCUGGUUGUUUCCCGUAACUCCUCCCACAGCCUGGACACAUCAGUCACCACCUUGGAGCAGCAGCAGCAAGUGCUUCAGCAAAUCCAGGCUACAGCAAGCUCCUUGGAGACGCGGGCCUGGGACACAUGGCGUCGUGCACGGGGGCCCUGGGGUGUGAGUGCCGUGGCUCGUGUGCAAGCAGCCGUGCAGACCAUCCAGCGCUUCCUCAUGGAUGAAGAUGCAGAUGUGACGAGUGUACAUCUGGUGGCAUGGCGAGUGCUGGCAGUGCCCCUCCCUCAAGGCGGGGCAGCAGGCAUUGGCCUCCUGCUGGAUCAGAUCCAGGGUUACCACCCUUCACCAGGAGCCGUGGGUCAGGAGUUGCCCCAAGCCAAAGGCAUCCUCCAUCAGGCACAGCAGACCAGAAAAGGCACAGCCAAGGUACACAAUCAAGUGAUGGAUAUUCAGGGCGCACUGACUGAGGUGGGGAGUCACACAAGAGCUGUGGAACAAGGGCUUCGGGCAGCAAAGUGGGCUCUUGGAGGCCUGGAGGCCAGUGUGCAGGAGGCAGCAGUGCACCUAAACCAGGUGGCGCUGAGAACAGAGGUGGCCCCUGUCUUGGGACACCUGUCCAGUGCAGCCAAGGCCCUCAAGAUGCGAUGGGCCCUGAAUCAGCAGCAGGCCCAGGAGGCAGACAACCAGGCAGCCCGGGCCAUGGAUGUGGCUGGGGACCUGGGCAAGGAGUUGCAGGUGGCCUGGUUAGGUGUGGCAGAGUUGCAGGAGGGCACCUAUGAUCUGGUGGCCAUGAUGAAGGAAGCAGGGGAGCGGGUGCAGCGGGCACAGGCUGAGGCCCAGGAGCUGCUGAAGCAGGCAUGGAGCACCUGGAACCGUCUGGAAGGCUUGGAGCAUCGCCUGGCGCAGAACGAACAGGCCCUGGGCAAGAAGGCGGCCACUUUGCGGGCCCUGGAGCAGCGAGCUGCUGAACUGCUUGAAUACAUGCGACGGAGCGCCAACACCUAUGCCACCUGCUGAUGACCAUUGCUGGAUGCUAGCCAAGGGACCCUGAGAUCACGGGGGUGAUCAAAGUCCCACCAGAUGAACUCAGGAGCACCCCCACCCCCACCCCAUCUGGAAAGACUAGUGACCUCCUCUGACCUUGAGAAACCAGAAAAGCAUGUAACUAGAGUAAACCAAUGAGGCCCUCCACAGCAGCUGCAGUUCAGGGCAGACCCUUAUCACUGAGCUAUUCUAUAAAACCUUAGUCUCCUCUAGCUUUCCUGUUAACUACACCAUCCCCAGAGUGGCCCGGCAUUCUGAUUUCCUAUGGGAAAGUAACCCUGAAAGGUCAGCGGAUGGACAUCCCUUCUCCUGGCACCUCCUGUGAAGGCCAGAUGAUUCUGAAAACCUCCGUUUUCUCCCAUGGUCCUCAGUUCCGGAUGUUCCCUGCCCAACCAGACCACUCCGUGGUCCCCAGGUCCCAGGGGCCUGGGUGUGGCACGGGCCUGCCAGCAGCGCGCAUUCCAAACCCAGGGUCUGGCGCUCCCGGCGAGCUGGAAGGUCCGGAGCGGAUCACGAGGUCAGGAUUCGCUCGCAGUGACUGGUCCAGUUGUAUACCUGGAAACCGAGGCAGUGCCGCUCUUGCGGGAAUGGCUGUGGGGCUGGAGAAACAGCACUGCCACUCUCGCCCCCACAGCAGUCGAGACCAUGCCUUGGGCAGGGCUUUCCUACCCCCUCUCCGCACAUCCCCGAAUAAAGGAGCACCGCAGUGUCCUAACCGAGUUCUCCGGCCUCCGCACCGAUGCUGAUGCGCUGGAAGUUGAUGGUGACUUCCACGGCCCCCACCACGCUGGGGCCAAAGGCUACGCUCCUUGUCCGGAUGUUUUUGUCUUUGAAGAUCAGACUUUUCACUGCAAGGCCCCUCUGUUGUGGCCUAAAGACCCCAAACCCCUUAACUCCCUCCAGGCCCUGCCCAAAUCGGGGUAUGAAAGCACAAUAAAGCCUUUUCAAGUGA